AUGCCGCCCAAAGCCGUGCGAAAGUCGUCCGAAGAGGCUCCUCCUGCCAAAGCGACAGGCGGCGAGGCUCCAAAUGCGUGGGGGACGAGGCCCGCAGCGUCCGCACCGCGGACGGCGGCAACGCCAACCAGCCCCAGUACAGGUCCGAAAGCCAAAGCUGCCGCCCAGACCAGUAUGAGCAUUGCCGCUCAAGCGGCCAGGAACCUUGGUGGCUUCGUGCCCAACAAGAUCUUCGUAGGGGGAGUGCCCAUCACGGUGACCGAGGACAGCGGUGGUCCUGGGACCGAUGUUGCGGCGGAGCAAUUUAGGCAAUGCUUCUCGACCUAUGGUUCCAUUACCAAAGUGGAGUUACAUGCGCUACGCGGCUUUGGAUAUAUCACCUAUGACACCGUAGAGGCGGUUGACGCCUGUUUGGAGAAGUACGAGGAACACUACCUUUGUAAAAAGUGGGUGGAGGUGAAGCGAUCGAUUCCGCGUGAGCUGAUCGAAGCCUACGAACGCGAGCAACGGCGGCUGCACCAGGAGUCGGCUGCCAGCAGUAGCCCAACCAAGCCCAAGGAGAUGGCUGCGCCCAAAACCAGUGCUCCCACGGGUGCUCCCGCAGCUGCCGAUUCGGGGGCCCAGCCUUCGGAUGGUGGCUGGGAGCAUCAGUGGCUGGGAGCAGUGGCCUUCAACAUCCAUGCGGUACUUCCCAGCGGCCGGACGGUGCCGGUGUCGGUGCCAGGAUCUUGCCAAUGUGUUGGCGACUUGAAGAUCCCAGUGCAGAGAGCCGUGGGCCAACGUUUUCUGAGAUUCAUCUCCGCCGAUGGCCGCCCCUUGGCUCCGGACGCCACCUUCGAGACCGCGGGGCUCUGCCCUGAGGCCCAGCUGCAGGUGGUGGCGCAGCCCGUGGCCUUCGCGGCGACGGAGGAGGCCUGCGCGCUGUAUUCAGCGGGGAAGGUGGUGACCUGGGGACAAGCACUGGCAGGCGGAAACAGCGAGGCUGUUCAGUCGCAGCUCAGUGGCGUCCAGCAGAUUGGGGCCACGGGCUAUGCGUUCGGUGCCAUUCUGGCAGACGGCAGGGUGGUGACCUGGGGCUCUGCGCAGAAUGGCGGUGACAGUUCGUACGUCCAGGACCAACUCCGUGACAUCCGUCAGCUCUGCGGCUCCGCCAUGGCCUUUGCAGCGCUCAAAGGCAGCGGGACCGUCGUCACCUGGGGCGACCCCGAGGGUGGGGGUGAUAGCAGGGCGGUGCAGGAGCAGCUGAGAGAGGUGAAGCAGCUGCAAGCAACGAAUUUCGCUUUCGCAGCCGUGGCGAAGGGGUCGCGGCAGAUCAAAGGGGGCCGGUGCUCGGUGGGGUGUUGGCACAGCAUGAAGGGUCAGAUCGCCAGUUCACAGGCCUCCGGGAGCAGGGUCCAUGCCUCAGGGGUGAAUCAUGCCACCCCAGGCGGCUCCAGCCAAAGCACCUGGGAGACCAUCAGUAGGAUCCAUCCAGAGGAUUUCGAUGGGGGUCUCUUAGAUGACUUUUUGUUUGUUGGAAACGGUGUGUUUUCUUCAGAUCUUGAUGUCUUGGGCGGCGCAUUCUCAGCUGGAACGGGCCAUGUGAUGAUGGGACGAAAUUUCGGCAACCUAGUGUCUUCAAGAGCAGACCCAACGAUUGCCACAUGUGAGUACCACGUCACGCUGUGCGGACGUGAGUCAUUCAAGCCAGGUGCAACACCAGCCAUUGCUCAGCUGAAGGAGAUGGGAUUUAGCGAAGAAGUUUCACGGCGAGUUCUGAAUGAGUGUGCCUGGGAUGUGAACAAGGCAAUUGAUCAACUUCUCCUCACAGAGGUUCCUGAAGGUGCAGAUGGCAUGGAAGACAGCAUAGAUGACCGAGGAGGAGGGAGUCCGUCAGCAGGCGCAGAAGUUGUAGCGGAGAGUGAGCCACCCCAUAGUGAUGCUAAUGGGAAGAGUGGUGGCUACUUCCAGGGUGAGAAAGCACCAGCUGCAGCUGUAGAAACCGGCGAAGCAUGGGCUGGGUCCCACGCAGCUGAAAACGGAGGGGCUGCUGAAGCAGUACCUGCUAGUAAUGAGGCGGCUCCCGGCCCCGACAUUUCGAAUGAGCCUGCACAGUCCGAGGGUGUACAGCCAUCCGCUCCGACGAAACGCUUGGAGCGGGUUACGAAACCAUGGACCGCAGGAGACGCAUCGCAGCUGGGUGUUGUGGCAGAGGAGUUUGUAUACGUGUGGACCGAGACUGGAACUGACGUGGGGUGGAUUCAUGCUGAGCUGGCGAGCAACCAGGCGAAGGUGGGUUGGUUGCCCAAGAGCAUCCUGCAAGAACUUCCUGAAGGUCAGAGAUGGAUGCGUGCAAAAGCAAAGUGGCAGGCACGAGAUGACAGUCAGUGUAGCGUGGAAGUCGGCGAAUUCUGCCUGGUGUGGGUAAGCUCACUCACCAAAGAAGGUUGGACCUAUGUGGAGUGCCAGGACAGUGCUGACAAGGGAUGGUUGCCCGACUUUUGCCUAGCCCGGGCUCCCAGGGGCCCCAGGGGCCAGAUGGAAAAGCUCUCGCUCUCGCUGACGACAGCGUGUGAAAACCCCGUCGCGGCACGUCCACCUUAUCGCGUUGUUGGCGGGCGUUCACUUCGGGCGUUGACGUUUGACUCUCUGUGUCUCUGUCAGAGGUGCUAUGGUGCCGGUGCUACAUGGGGGCAUCAUGGGGCGUAUUCCAAGCUGGCACAGGAAAGCCCUGCUGCCGAUCUCGCGGCCGCGGCCGCGGCCGCACCGGCGCCCGCACCGGACGCCGCCGGCGAUGCCGGAGGUGAUGGCGCGGAUUCGCCCACGGGCCGGCGGCCGGGAUACAAGCAGCAAUUAGCAACGCCGCCGAAAUGGACCAUGGCCAGCAAGCCUAAGAUGAUCAUUGGAGGUCCGGUGCCAUCCUGGCAGGAGAGCAUCCCUGGGCCGCAGUACCACUAUUCCACCGACAACUUCAAGCACAAGCAGCCGGUGUGGUCCAUGCGCACCAAACCAGAGAUGGUCAUUGGAGGCGGCGUGCCCAGUUGGACCAAGUCGAUUCCGGGACCCAAAUACAUGUACGACACGGACUGUUUCAAGGAGCGCCAGCCGGUGUACAGCAUGCGCGGCCGUGGGGAAGGCUCUUCCAAGGGCACCCAAUCCGCACCAGAGAUUUCCACUGAGCAGCUGAUGAAGGGUUUGGACGCUUCCAGGAAGAAACCACCGAGCUUCUCCCUGAAGUCACGACCCAAGAUGGUUCCAGGGGACGCGGUUCCCUCUUGGGUGAACUCGAUCCCAGGUCCCAAGUACCACCCCAAUUGCGACACUUUCAAGAAGAAGCCGCCUGUCUACUCCAUGCGCGCGAAAUUGCCUAGCGAGUCGGAUCUAAUGAAGGUGCGUAGCCCGGGACCUCUCCGCUAUAGCGGUGCAGCCAUGGACUCCAAGAAACAAGAGCAGGUAGAUAGCACCAGGCACAAGAGUUUCUCCUGUUCCUUUGGCAUCGGUCCUCGAUGGAAGGGGCCAGUGAGCGAGAUGGUCAUGACGGGUGCCUUAGCGCGCUACGACAAGCCUGAGAAGCCCUCAUAGGGCGCUAACAGUUAGGGUCUCUCCGCCGGUCACCUCGCGGCUGUCUGGCAGACCAGCGUUCGACGGAGGGAAGAGGUUCACU